AUUGGACUGCUGACAUCUCCUGUGCCGUCUGACUGUCGCUCUCUUUAGUGGCAACCUGUGACGACGCCUUUGGUAUUGAAGAUGUCUCCGAGAGGAGUAUCGUCAUCAUGGCGCCGCAACAGAACACUUUUGCCGUCAUCCCAGCCGCCCCCGGCCGUGUUGGCGGCGCCCCCAGCAAACCACCGAUGACCUCGAAGCAGGCCCAGAAGCUCUACAAGCAAGCGAAUAAGGAGCCACGACGAUCCAAAUCCGAACAGCGGAGAUGGGAAAAAGAAAGACAGGAGGAGAUCCGCAAAGAGCUGGAAAAGGAGCGCGCUGCAGCUAAAGCCAGGGCGGCACGAGAGCGGAAGAAGGCCAAGGAAGAGGAAGCGCGCAAGAGCCGACAGAGGGCUGGACAGCCAUUGUUCGACUGCCGACCGAGCCAAGAUACAAUCGCUCGAUUUGUUCGAGGAAAUGGCACAAGCCGGAAGAGAGACUCAUCAGGGGAACCGGUACCAAAGGACGAAGACACCCCGGCAAGUUCACUUGAGAAUAAGCCUAAAACCUCGCUGGCACCGUCGGCUGCGAGAGCGGCUUCAUCUGUGUCGUGUCCUCCACCUACAACUCCCGAACGACCCAAACCUCCUGCUAUCUCCAUGGCACCACCGCCUCGCCCGUCGCAGAAGUCCAGGGCAGUCAACAAGCCUCCACAAUCCUUGCCCAACCCGCCCAACCAACCUCCAUCCUGGGACAUUCCUCCACCACCCAUGCAUCGUUCCAAAGAUGAUCCUGCUGUGCCACCUUCUAGCUUACUCAAAGUUGCCGACUCUUCGAAUCAUGUACCGGACAAAACCUUGGCAGUUCCGGUGUCCAUGGGCCCUCCCCUCCGGCUGCCGUUGAAGUCAAAAUCCAAACCGUUCAUGAUGCCUCGGGUAACCCUACCAGUUCAGCAACUACCUGGACACAAGGUUUUCAAGCACAAUCCUCCUUCCAAGUCUACUCCUAUUCCUCCGCUAUCGGGGCCGUCACUGCAACAGAAGUUGUCUCUACCCAGCCCAGCACCGCUGGGAGAGCCGCCGCAAAUGCCUCCACCCCAAGUACCAUCACAGAAACCACCGCCAAAGUCUACAGUUCCAACGCCUUUACUCAAGUCUCUUUCAAAGGAUCCCACCUCACAGAAUCUGUCGGUGCAAACACCUCCGCUGUCAAGGCCGCAGCCUCAAGCGCCCCCGCCAAGCACACAAGCUAUUGUACAAGAUUGCUUCGACGACUUCUUUCCAACAGCUUCACAGCUCGCUAUGGAGCUUGAGCAAGAUAGUGACUCAGAUACACAGCCUGGGGAGGCUUUAGAUCAGCAGUCAGAUGAUCCAGUGGCAGCUAAAGUGGCUCAUGGCGAGCAUGUAGUACGUUCAAGCGCAAUGGAGAAAGCUGGGGAACAAACCCAAGCUGCAGACAACGGCUAUCGAAAGCCGGAUAAAAGCACUUGUGGUAAUCCGACCGCUCGUCAUCUUGCAUCUUUGAGUGCUAGUGCCAUAUAUCCAAACCCUUCUGCACUGUUAAGAGGCUCCACAAGAUUACAAGCAUCAACGAAAGCCCACGAGGAGCCCCAGGGGCUCGAGCACAGGUCCCAGAAACAAGAGAAGCAAUCACAAGUCAGCACUUCUUCAAGGGCUUUGGAUUCCCAUUCAGUCAACACUCACUCAAGAAACGCUGCAACAAGAACGAUGCCGCCACCAACAAAGCCCUCUCGCCUCCAAGACCGGUCGGCAAAAACAAAGCGCGGUGUCUUGCAGGAAAUCAGUGGCAAUCACAGCCCAACACCGAACCCCAUGGCCACAGCAAUGAAACCGCAGCUACCCACUCACUUUGACGACUUCUUCCCAUUGAUAUGCACCCAGGACUUGAUGAUGUCGUCCCAAGAGGUGUUGGACAUAGAAUCCACGACCAAGAACACGACGCAGUCCUCUGGUCAAUCGCCUCCAAACCAAUUGCCUUUCCUCGAGAUGGACCUGGCGGCUAUUGACUGGGAUGAUGACUUGGAUGACUUUUGACGCAUUAGAGGAAAACGGCAUUGCGGGAGUUAUUGCGUUGCGUUUGCGAGCGUGGGACUGUGCUUUUCCCCUCCUACGGACAGAGACGCAAUUAGAGUCCGUCGGCAUCAGGGAAUGCUUAUUUGUAACACUUAUACUUAUACCCUUUAGAUCACUAUAGCAUGUUGGGAGAAACCCUUUAAGAGUCGAGAAGACUCAUAGAAUAUCGCCCGGCCCUUCACGGCCGUGGGGCCCAUGGAUGGGCACCACGGGCAUGAAGGGUGGGACUAGGACACAACACUUAUGAUAUGAGCAACUGAUAAUAUAUUCAGCAAGAGAA